GUUCCCCAGAUGGGAGUCGUCUCCUGUGAGUGGGACCGAGGUGAGAAAUCCUGGCAUGGACAGGGCAAGCGCUGCCAUACACUAAAUCAGCCUGAUAUAGGAUUUCCGUGCGUGACCACGAGUGAGACAAUCUCAGUGAUUGGGCCACUGACCAGUCCAACCAGAAAAAAUACAAUCUGGAAGGAAACGUUACAUUUUGACAAAUCCCAGGAGCCAGGGUGCUCAGAUGGAAGCGCGGUGAAGAAUGUUCCGAAAAGGAAAGAAAAGACAUAGUAGCAGCAGCUCCCAGAGCAGUGAAAUCAGCACCAAGAGCAAGUCUGUAGACUCCAGCCUUGGGGGUCUGUCCAGAUCGAGCACCGUGGCUAGCCUUGAUACAGACUCUACUAAAAGCUUUGGACAAGGCGCUAGUAAUUCCGAAGCAUGUGCUGAGUUCAAAGUGAAGUAUGUGGGGUCGAUUGAGAAACUGAAGCAGGAAGACUGUAAAAAACUCCAGGGAUCUUUGGACCUAAUAAAUUACAUUGAUGUAGCGCAGCAAAAUGGAAAACUGCCUUUUGUACCUCAAGAUGAAGAAUUUAUCAUGAGCGUCUCUAAAUAUGGCAUAAAAGUUACUACAUCUGAUCAGUACGAUGUACUGCACAGACAUGCUCUGUAUCUCAUUGUCUGCAUGGUGUGCUAUGAUGACGGCUUGGUGGCUGGGAAAAGCUUGCUGGUUCUGAAGACAAAAGGCCUGGGUGACGAUGAGUGCAGCCUUUGGGUGUAUCAGUGUAACUGUUUGGAGCAAGCACAAGCCAUCUGCAAAGUCCUCUCUACAGCGUUUGAUUCAGUUUUAUCAGAGAAGACUCGAGUUCCGGCAGAAUAGUCCUCUGCACUAAGGCAAUGUGAAACUUACUUGUGUCAACGUAUAGCAUCACACCAGCAAUGCAUUGGGAGUAUGUAAACCAUUUUUUAAAUUCUUUUUAGUGACAUUUUUGAACAAUGUACAUUUAUUUCUUGGGAAUGGUCAUGUUGUGCAGUGUUUUGCUGGAUCCCAUGGUAACUGUCAAAUGGGUAAGUGGCCUGUUUAUUUUUUAUUGCUGAUACAUUUAAAGAUUCUAAAUAUUCUUCAGACUUAUUCUGAGUUUAUUGUUCAUCAAGACCAGUAACAGAUUUUCUUUUCCCCUCUAAUCAGAGUUAUAUGCUUAAUCAAAAUGUUAUGCUUUGAAUAACCAGUUACUAGAAAUAUAUAUUUUUUUAAUUGUGA